GAGGAAUGCCAACGUUGCAUUUGCCAACUGUCAAGUAGGUGAUAGAGGUUUGAUAUCGUUAGUGAACUUCUAUUACAUCUAAGGUUGUGUAUUAAAGAUUUAGCACAUUUCCGGAUUUCGUGUGUUGGAAACCCCUACAGAAAAAUGGAUAAUCAUGUUCUGGAACCUUCACUGUAUGUAAUUAAAGGCAUUGCUAUUCUGGAUAAUGACGGGAAACGCAUUCUUGCAAAGUACUACGAUCCAAAUACACUCUCCACUGCAAAAGAACAGAAGGUUUUUGAAAAAAAUCUCUUCAACAAAACACAUCGAGCCAAUACAGAGAUCAUAAUGCUUGAAAACAUGACCUGUGUGUACAAAAGCAAUGUGGAUCUUUAUUUCUAUGUCAUGGGUAGCAAUCAUGAAAAUGAGUUGAUCCUGGUUAGUGUUUUAAAUUGUUUGUAUGACUCCAUCAGCCAAAUACUUAGGAAAAAUGUGGAAAAACGGUCACUUAUGGAAAACCUUGAUGUGGUAAUGCUGGCAUUGGAUGAAAUUUGUGACUCUGGAAUCAUUCUAGAGUCAGAUCCUACUGCCAUAUCAUACAGGGUAGCUCUCCGUAAUGAUGACAUUCCAAUUGGGGAACAGACAGUUGCUCAGGUGCUUCAAUCAGCAAAGGAGCAGCUGAAAUGGUCUCUUCUGAAAUAGUGGUUGAAUGUUGUAUCAACUAUGAUCUACCAAUGCCGUUGAAAACAUUUCUUUGUUUUCCUUACAGUUAUUUUGUUCUUAUAAAAUACAAAUCUGUUCUAAUGAAA